AUGGACUUUUCCAAUAAUCAGCAUCCGACAACCAGCGAAGAGGCUUGUGCACGUCCUUCUAGCAUUCCAAGGAAAAGGAAAGCGACCACGGCUAUCUAUGCAAGGAAGCGAGCCGUGGCCGCGUGUCAGCCCUGCUGGGAUCGUGACACAAGCAAUCUAGCCAUCCUUAAUCGCAUCAAUCAUGUUGUUACCUUGCUCGACCAUCAGUCUCUGCAACUCAAGUCUUGCCUCUCCCACCAAGGUGCCCAUACCAAAUCCAAGGACCCCCAGCCGCAAUUUCAAGGCCCUGCAUCCGACAACUCAUCAGGUUUUCAAUGUCACAGCACGGCCGCGAGGGGCAAGGAUCUUCCCGCUGAUGUGGAGGACGUGCUCAACUCCCUUGAUCUCCCUGAGUUUCCGGCGGCGCGCAUCAAUUGUGAGAGUAUCCUGCGCUGGCCUAUCUUCAGCAAUAUAGUUCCACAAACUCAUUCUUUUGUCCUGGAAUUUUGUGAUGACGAAUCAUCAGAUAACACCUCAGCUGCAUACAGCAAAAACGCAGGCCAAGCUCGUCGAGGUGCUUACUCCAACAUCAUACAGGAAGAAAACUUCAUUACACUAUCUCAGAAGUUCCUCACCUACGUCCACGUGAAGAAUCCAAUCUUGGACGUGGCAAAGUUUAAGCUUCUUGUUAGGGAAGCGUCCGAGAACGGACCUGGCUGGGAUGGCCCAUCCUGUUUGGUGCUAAUCGCCUGCGCUCUUGGCUGUCUGGCAGGCCCGUUUUGUCCAGAAUCAACUCUCUACGAAACUCCAGAAUCAAGUCGCUCGGUAGAAUUGUCUUUGACAAAUCUAGGCUCCGCUCAAGCUUUCUGCUUGGCUGCAAAGAAGCGUUUAGGCCUCUUACAGCCAUCGUUACUAUACGUUCAAUGCCUGUUCCUGUUUGGAGUGUUUGAAAUGUAUAUGCUUAAACCACAGCAAGCUUGGUUCUACUUUCAACAUGCGUCUCUGCAGCUUCAAACUCACUUUUGGAAAAAGUCUCAAAAUCGCGCGGCCGAGGAACCCAUUACGUCACAUCUCGAACGACGACUGGAACAGAGAUUGUACUGGUCAUGCAUGAAAACAGAGUGCGAACUUCGGUGUGAAGUACCAUUGCCGCCAAGUGGAAUCACGCGUCUCAACUUCCCAGAUCAGUUCCCCUCGCCGCCUACAGAGAUGGCAUCUCCUUCAGCUCUCCCGGCAAACCUCGAGAACUCAGAUCAAGCUAUUCAGCCUGAAGAAGAGAAAAGUUGGUUCUACUACCUCGCCGAGAUUUCAUUCCGUCGAAUGUUCAAUCGAAUGGUUGCAACCAUGAACAGCAACUGGAAAUCAGGCUGGACCGAAGAUAUCCACACCACCAUGGAACAGUGUGCUCAAUUUGAAGAAGAGAUUGAUAUUUGGUGCGCCCAUAUACCACCCAAAAUCACCUGGGAUGUAUCUCGAGCCUCGACCGACGAGCUUUCAUACUAUAUUCAUGGACGAGCCAUGAGUUGUCGUGAGAUAAUCCAUCGCCCCUUUCUUUACAACGUGAUACAUCAUAUGGGGUCAGAUAAUUCACACUGGCUGCAAGCCACAGCGCUAGCGAAGAAAUGUCUACAACUUUGUGUAGAGAAUGCGUUUCACCUAUCUUCACACAGCCGUCAUCACGGGACAUGGUAUGUUGCGAGGACGUCCGUGACCAGAGCAUUACUGCUCCUUGCUGCGGCACGCAGUGGGAAAAUCGAGCUACCUGAAAGGUGGAAAGAUGCAGUUGAAGUCUGCAUGAUGACUGUGCAAAAGUGGUAUGAUGAAGCGCCUGAUUUAAAACAAGCUGCAUCUGUUGUCCAGAUCAUUAUCAACGAGACAUUCGAUGAAUCGUCGAUGGCUUCAGGGUGCACAUCAAAUUGA